UGAAAUAAUUAGAUAGUUUAAAGACUUGAAAGAAAAUAUUUAAAAAACUUAAUUAUCACAAAAGGACAAAUACAUAAUUUACUCUAGAUUUGUAAGUACAACCAAACAGCACUCGUAAUGGGAGAGAGCUGGACAGUGUCAAUGUAAUCCAUUCCCGGGCGGGUCAUUUACGGAGGGAAGGGGAAGGAGGAGUGUAUCAGUUGCGAUAAAUCUGGGAAUGAGGUCGAGAUGCAUGAGCAUGGCCCUUGGCUCCAUCUGCAACUUUCUCUCUCGCCCUUCAUACGUUGCUAAUAUGCACCACCGCAAUACUGUCCUUUCUCGCCAGAUAAGUAUGGAGGCACAAAGUGUUGCUGCUCGGCUGAAUAGCUCUGGGUUCUUACGCACUCUGGGCCUUAUUGGAGGGAAAUGGAUUGAGGCAUAUGAUGGGAAGACUAUGACGGUGCACAACCCCGCUACUGGUGAUGUUGUUGCAAAUAUCCCAUGCAUGGGUGGGAGGGAGACAAAUGAUGCAAUUGGUUCAGCAUACAAUGCAUUUAGAACUUGGAGCAAGCUUACUGCGGCUGAAAGGAGCAAAUGCCUGCGAAAAUGGUAUGACUUAAUAAUCUCCCACAAGGAAGAGCUUGGACAACUUAUAACAUUAGAGCAAGGAAAACCUCUAAAAGAAGCCAUCGGUGAGGUUAGUUAUGGAGCCAGUUUUAUCGAGUUUUUUGCUGAAGAGGCUAAACGUAUAUAUGGUGAUAUCAUUCCAUCACCACUAGCUGAUCGCCGGCUGUUUGUUUUAAAGCAGCCUGUAGGUGUUGUUGGUGUGAUUACACCUUGGAAUUUCCCCUUGGCUAUGAUAACUCGAAAGGUUGGCCCUGCCCUGGCUUGUGGAUGUACAGUGGUUAUAAAGCCCUCUGAACUUACACCAUUGACUGCUUUAGCGGCAGCUGAGCUAUCCAUUCAAGCUGGAAUACCACCGGGUGCUGUGAAUGUGGUUAUGGGAAAUGCUUCUGAGAUUGGGGAUGCUUUACUCGCGAGUCCACAGGUAAGGAAGAUAACAUUCACAGGCUCAACAGCUGUUGGAAAGAAAUUAAUGGCAGGUGCUGCUGGAACUGUUAAGAAGGUAUCACUGGAACUUGGUGGAAAUGCACCUUGCAUAAUCUUUGAUGAUGCAGACCUGGAAGUGGCAUUAAAAGGAACUCUGGCAACGAAGUUCCGUAACAGUGGACAGACAUGUGUUUGUGCAAAUAGAGUAAUUGUGCAAGAAGGUAUUUAUGAGAAAUUUGCAAAUGCAUUUUCACACGCUGUUCAAAAUUUGAAAGUUGGGGAUGGGUUUGGUGAAGGGGUGGCCCAGGGCCCUCUAAUUAAUGACGCUGCUGUACAUAAGGUUGACUCGUUCGUGCAAGAUGCUAUCUCAAAGGGAGCUAAAGUCCUUCUUGGAGGCAAGAGGCAUAGCCUUGGAACGACCUUUUAUGAGCCUACAGUAUUAACUGAUGUCAAAAAUGAGAUGCUAAUAUCAAGGGAGGAAGUAUUUGGACCUGUUGCACCCCUAUUGCGGUUUAAAACUGAGGAAGAAGCUAUUCACAUUGCUAAUGACACCAAUGCAGGGUUGGCUGCUUACAUAUUCACAACAAAUGUUCAACGUUCUUGGCGUGUCUCUGAAGCUCUUGAUUAUGGAAUUGUGGGAGUCAAUGAAGGACUAAUUUCAACAGAGGUGGCUCCAUUUGGGGGCUUUAAACAGUCUGGUCUUGGUCGGGAAGGUUCAAAGUAUGGGAUGGAUGAAUAUUUGGAACUUAAAUAUGUGUGCUUGGGGAAUAUAAGUUGAUGAUGUUUGAGUGGCUAUAAAAUUGUCAAGGUCUUGAAGGUAGAUCCGCCGGUGAGUGCCACUAGAGCCCCAUAUAAAAACUGAGUUGGUGAUGGAUCCCCAGGCCUAUGCAUCUAAAUAAGUGCUUAAUUUGCACCGUGUCUAAGAGAUAUUCGUUGCAUGCUUGUGUGUUGUAAAAAUUAUCUUCAUUCUGUUUUGGAUUAUAGCUUAAGCUGAGAGAGGGAGAGGGAGAGGGAGAGGACAUAUAUUUGUCAAGGUUUUGGAAAAGCAGCUCAAAUUCUAUGAUCUUGUCAAAACAUCUGUUUAGUAACACGAAGAAGCAGGAUCCGAAACUUAAAUGUAUGUUUUCAGACUCUCGGGCAUUAACUCUUUUCUAGACUCUCUUGUGUAUUGGGUUGCCUUUUUAAUUCUUUACCUAUACGUAUUCAA